AUGGUUACAGCAUCAUAUGGCAUCACGAUUAUCGAUUUACAGAAUAAUGAUGUUGAGUUCCCUCAAGGAAGUACAAUUAAAUGUAGAAACGGUUAUUUGCUAAUUAUUGGAAAACCGUAUUUUCGUUCAGAGGCAUACUUUCUGUCUAAUACUGUUUCUUAUGAUGGUUCCAAAACACUGGUGAGAAAAUUAAAUGCAUGCACAGUAAUUAGCGAAAUUAUUGAUGUAUUGGACGACAUGAUUGGAGGUUGGGCAGUUAUUUAUUACAGGAAGGAUUUCAAGAAAGUAUUGCUUGGACGUGACGUAUUUGGCCGAAAAAGUUUGCUGUGGAGACGAGUGGAUAAAAAACUUUAUUUUUCCACUUUCGCUUGCGAUCGGCUGUGCAGCUGGUACUAUGUGCCAUCGGGCACGGUGACUGUUCUUGAUUUUUGCAGUGAAGAAAAUACCACUAUAUUUCAUGCUUUCGAAGUUAGCGGACCGUGGUUAGAACAAUUUAAUAAGCUGUAUCGAGUGCAAAGAAAAGUAGUUUCGGAAAGAUUUAUACCUUCUAAUGAACUCUGUUUAAAAAAUAUAAUUCGCGAAGAUAUGGCGAAGAUUAUGUUGAAACAACUGAAAGAAGCUGUAUGCCGUACAGUUUCUAGCUUGGAUAUUUUUACAAAAUGUAUAUCAUUAUCAUUCAGUGGUGGUGUAGACAGUUUGUUAGUUGCUCAUUUAAUGGCUCAAUGUAUGCCGCAAAAUGUACUAUUGGAUUUAGUGAAUGUCGCUUUUGCUAAGAGGAAGAAUUAUGAUGAAGCUCCAGACCGACAACAAAGUAAAAAAGCAUUCAAAUAUUUAAAGUCUUGUUAUCCUGAACUCUCCUUUCGUCUGCUUCUGGUUGAUGUUGAUCUCAAUGAAUUGGCGCAUUGCCGAAAAAAGUACAUAUCAAGUGCAGUUGCUCCAGCUUGCUCUGUGUUAGAUGAUUCGAUUGGAUGCGUGCAAUGGUUCGCCGCUCGUGGAGAAGGACUCCUGUUUGAAGAUGAGAAAAAACCCUUCGUACCUGAAAAAUCAGAAGCUGUAACUGUAGUUGUUGGUAGUGGUGCAGAUGAAUUGUUUGGUGGUUACAUGCGGCAUAGAACUACCUAUUUAAAGAGAGGAAGAAAUGCUGUAGUGGAGGAAUUGCAUGAAGAACUAAGAAACAUUGGUGAAAGAAAUCUUGGGCGUGAUGAUAGAGUGGUUUCAAGUCUAGGCAAAGAUCUAAAGUCUCCAUUUCUUGAUGAUUUAUUUGUUGAAUGGGUUACCUCCUUACCUCUAGAAUACAGAAGCGACUUUACGCAACCUCGAGGGAUUGGAGAAAAGUGGUUGGUGCGAGAGGCAUUAAAGCUACUGGGAACACCACAGUCGUUAUGUCUCACUCCGAAACGUGCUAUGCAAUUUGGUACCAGAAUAGCAAAAUUGGAAAAUCGAGGAGAAAGAGGAAAUGAUUUUUGUCCUAGACUUUUGGAAGAAUGA